AGGAGCAGGCAGGAGAGUAGUCCCUGUAUAGACGGAUCAAUAGGCGAGCGUCCUAGGCGCGGCAGCUCUUCCACGACCGUCCACACUCGUGUCCCGUUCGCCGCCGCCGCCGCACGACCGUACACAGCUAGCUAGCGACACCUUGCGAUAUGGAGAAUAAACAUUGGGGAUGGCUGAUAGCCGGGUUGGUUGUGCUGUCUGUCUCAGCGGUAUUUGCCGACGGCGAAAUAUGGGAAGAGGGCGACCAUGAAGUACUCAUUCGUAAUGAAAGGGGCGCUAAAAAUAGAGAGACUUGCCGGUACGUCAGAGGUUCUUGGUCCGAUUGUGACCCUAAAACAAAUGUCCGCUCAAGAACUCUGACUCUGAAGAAAGGCGAUCCAGCGAGCUGCGAACGCUCCAAGACAAUACAGAAGAAGUGUAAGAAAGCUUGCCGUUAUGAAAAAUCUUCUUGGAGCGAGUGCAGCCCCACUGGUGAAAUGACUCGUACCGAUAUGUUGAAGGCCAAUAGCGACCCCACGUGCGACCAGAGCCGGCGCAUAACCAAGAAGUGCAAUAAGAACAAACAAGUCAAAUCUACCAAAGACAAGGGUCGCCGAAAUCGUCAGUAAGUCUCUGGCGGAUGUUAAUUUUUUAGACAAAUAAAACUUUGAUUGUAAAAUUACAUGGUGUUUGUUCGUUAAAUCUAAAUUAUGUAAUAGUGCCAAAAUAUUAUUAAUUAAGAUUUCUUUGAACUCUUAAUGUAUCCAUCAGCUAGAUGCAAUAGUGCAAUCAAUCGAAAGUUUAAAUUAAGCACUUAGAUAC